AAUACGAUGACAUUGACAAUUUCAUGAUAAGUUUGUGCAGGUUUUACGAUGAGGAAUUAAUAAAUUUAAUUAAGAUAUUUAGUAGAAUUAUUUAUUUUGGUGUCAUCGAGGUUCAUUUACAUUUUAAUUAUUUGUGGGCCAAUUCUCAAAUUUCAAAAGAUGCAAUUGACGUCGGAUCCACGCAGAGCUGACCGCGAGCGCCGCUACAAGCCGCCACCGCCGUCGUCGGCUCCUGCUGAGGACCUCACAACGGACUAUAUGAACAUUUUGGGUAUGGUGUUCUCCAUGUGUGGUCUGAUGAUGCGCCUGAAAUGGUGCGCUUGGACUGCUGUGUUCUGCUCUAGCAUCAGCUUCGCUAACUCCAGGGUCUCGGAUGAUACUAAACAGAUUGUUAGCUCCUUCAUGCUGUCAAUAUCAGCCGUGGUCAUGUCAUACCUCCAGAACCCUCAGCCGAUGUCACCACCGUGGGCUGCACUCACCACUUAGUAUUAAUGAGAAAACGAUUGUAAUAUAUUAUUUAUCUGAUUAUGUUGGAAUAAAAAUUAUGAUUUCAAUAUUAAUUU